AGUAUUGCUUUGCCCACGCACCGAGCUCCCGCGCCGCGCAUUUGAACCCUACGCACGGAUUGGACGCGGGAUGAACGAGAAUCGCAAGACGGAGGUCACUCCGUUUGAGGAUGCCCUGGACAAGACGGGGAAUGGAGUAUACAACAUUUUACUGGUGAUCACAUGCGCUUGGAUCCUACUGGCCAUCGGGGUGGACCUCUUCGGGUUUAGUUUAGUGGUAGCUACGGCCUGUGACCUGAACCUUACAGUAGCUGAAAAGGGGAUAUUGACGUCACUACCCUUUGUGGGUAUACUGCUAGUCUCAUAUGUGUGGGGCUACGUGUCCGACACGCAAGGCCGACGGUUCUCACUGGUGCUGUCACUGCUGGCCGCUUUCGUGCUGUCAUGUCUGACCAGCGUGUCUCCCAACUGGCUGUUCCUCGGGAUGGUCAAGUUCCUUUCUGUCUGCUUCUCAUGCGCCGCGAAUUCGGCCACAUACACAUUGGUGGGCGAGUCAUGCAUCCGACGCGUGCGCAGCAAAUACAUGCUGUUGAUGACGUGUCUGCUGCUGCUGUCGCCUGCCGCUGCUGCUGUCCUCACCUACCCAACCCUGAAGCUUAAAUUCGCAGCCGAGCUCACCUGGCUUCACGUAGUCUUCACCCCCUGGCGACUCCUCAUCAUCGUCCUGGCCAUCCCCUCUGGCAUCGGUGGCUUGGCCAUCUACUUCUUCCACGAGAGCCCCAAGUUCCUGGCCAAUAUUGGCAGGAAGGAAGAUGCUUUGGAUGUCAUGAGAAGCAUUUAUGCUGUUAAUCAUAGUUGUGCUAGGGAUAGCUUUAAGGUAAAAACCCUCGAGGUAGGCGAGGAACCAUCCCGCAAGCAAAUGUCCCUCCUCCGCUCCAUGUACGAGCAGAGCGCCCCCCUCUUCCGCCCCCCGCUGCUCUGGCGCACCUUGCAGCUCUUCUACAUCGUCGCCGUGGUGUACAUCACUAACAACAGCUUCUUAGUAUGGCUACCGCAGAUCUUCAACCUGGUGAUGAUGUCCAUGGAAACUGGAACGGCGGAGGGCAAUAAUAUCUGCUCUCUCAUCUCACAUCGAAACAUCACAAGGAAUGUUACUGAUAACUACGAUAAUUCUACAGCGGGUACUGUUGAAAUUUCUCCAAACGCCUGCCUCGGCUACAUAGAAGACAACGUGAUCCUCACCCUUAUCGCGUCCCAAUCCGCCUUCUCAUUCCUAAACUUCAUCAUCUCCUACCUCCCCAAGCACCGCAAGACCGUGCUCUUAACGAUCUUGUCCCUAUCGUCUGUGAGUGGAGCUUGCUGUAACCUGAUGCCGGAGCCGGUGUCGAGCGUGUUCUUCUUCGUGCUGUUCACGUGUACUUGUCUGGGGAUGGGGAUUUUGGCGUCGUUUUUUGUCGAUUUGUAUCCGACGUCUUAUAGAGGAAUGGUGGCUUGCCUGAGCAUAAUGGUGGGUCGGAGCAGCACAUUCAUCGGUAUCAACUUGGUUGGAAACCUCAUCUUCCACCACUGCCAAAUCACCUUCUAUUUCUGGUCGCUACUGGUUUUGAGUAGCGUCGUAGCGGCCUGGUUCCUGCCGCCCGACAAAGUGAAGCCUGAAGUUAAGACAACUGCUAUGUAAUAUGCACCUUAUGCUUAUUGAAACAAGGACCGUCUGUGAUUUUAGGAUAGUGCCGUUCGUGAAUUACGGGUAUUUAAUUAAAUACCCUUCAAAAACGAAGGUAAAGCGUUUGAUACACGUACCUUACUUAAUUCUGUCGUCCUAACUAGGAUCCUACCUAAAAGUUAGUUUCUAGUUAGUGCAGUCACAUUAUACUUUAUUAGGUUACUUUUUGGAUGCUUCAUAACAUAUUUUAUGGUGAUAAGUCAUUUAUACCCCGUUUUUUUUAAGAUUUGAAUUUUUCUAACCUCAAAAGUAGUGUUAAUUAACUUUUUCUUCCCAAAUGCUAGGGUUCCUAAGAUAUCUAGGUACAAGAUGUAAACGACUUUAUAAUUCAGUGCGUAACUAAUAGUUACUCAGAUGUCACUUUAGAAGAAAAAAGUUACCACUACUUUUAGGUUUAAAAAAAUUUAAUCUUAAAAAAAACGGGGUUUAUAACGUGGAUGGUGAAUUAAGUAAGGUGUCAUGCCUUUAAUGGUGGUCACACACACACACUGACUGUUAUAUAACAUCGUGUUAUGUUUUAUUAUGUUGUCCCUGUCGCACAAUGUUAUAUUAUAUUUUAUAACAGCCAGCGUGGGACCACCGUGAUUCAAGAUUUUCCUGAAACAUAAAGGCUGUACUUAAGGAUUAUAAGGCAGAAAAUAUUCGUGAAUGUGGAUAUCGUCAAUAAAUAUUGACGUCGAUUGUUUACUUUAAGAACCUAUGUACGAAAUAAAUAAAAAAAUGGUAUUAAGUAUUUUAGAGUAAAUUAAUCUUUAUAAGAGGGACUAGGGGGGGGAGGGCUAGCCAAGAUGAAAAUCGUAAACGUUGAUCAUUUCCAUACAUUAUUUCACUUUCCAUUGGCGUUUUCUAUUAUCAAUUGGCUGAGCCCCUGGGUGUACUUAAAUGGCGUCAGUAUUUUAAAAUGUGCGCUGUGAAUAUUUAAGUUUAUUAUUAGUUUAUAAUUGCCAUUACUGUAUAGAUAAAUGGGGAGUGUAAUGCCAGAAUUUAUGUGUGUCCACGUGUGAUUUAUUUCUUGUAUUAUUUGAUGCAAUGCAUAACAUACUUUGUUAUGUUUGCGAAACUAUUGGUGUUACUUUUCCUUCCUAAUCUCGCAAACAAAAGUGACGCAGCCAUAUUUUUCGCAAAUAACACAGCGAAGUGUUUUAGAUUUAUUUAUGCUGUUAAUACAUAUAAGCACCUAUAUGUUAUCGUGGUCCCACAUUGGCUGUUAUAUAACCUUAUAUAACAUCAUCUGACCGAAACAACAAAAUAAAUCACUAUCAAUUCUAUUAUGUUGUCCCUAUCACAUAAUAUUAUAUAACGUUAUAUAACAGCCAGUGUAGGACCAGCACCAUAAAUAUGUACUUAUCUAUUGUUUGUUUUUUUGGUUUAUUUUAAUUUAUAUUUAAAGGACUCCAACGACGAAUAGUAGUGUAAGUAGGUACUUAAUUAUUUGAAUGAAUUAUUUUUAUUGGC